AUGACCACCCCUAAUGAGGAAGAUGCAAGAAUCAAAGGAAUGUGUGUGCUAAAUUUGAUUCGAGAAUUUAAGUUGGAGAGGAUGAAGGAAACAAAAUCAAUUAAAGAGUAUUCUGAUAGGUUAUUGGGCAUAGCAAACCGAAUCAGAUUACUUGGUUCUACAUUUAAGGACUCAAGAAUUGUUGAAAAGAAUCUUGUAACAGUGCCUGAAAAAUUUAAGACAUCUAUUUCAACCUUAGAAAAUACCAAGGAUCUAACUCAAAUUACUCUUGUAGAAAUUCUCAAUGCUUUACAAGCACAGGAGCAAAGAAGAGCUAUAAGGCUAGAAGGUGUUGUUGAAGGAGUCGUGUAA